AUGUUUAUGUUUGGGGUGUUAAUUUAUUUUUUUGGUUUAAUAAGUAUUUUUUUUAACCGGAAUCAUAUUUUAAUUUUGUUUUUGUGUUUAGAGUUUAUAUAUUUAGGAAUCUUAUAUAAUGUUGUACUUUUUGAUGGGUUUAAAUAUGAUUUUUUGAGAAUAAUCUUGUUUAUAAUUCUUGUGGUUUGCGAAGCUGGGUUGGGGCUAAGAAUUUUAGUUAUAGGAGUUUAUUUUUAUGGAAAUGAUAAAUUAAAUUCAAUAAAUUUAAUAAAAUGUUAA